CCCAGCUUUUUUGUUACCGACGACGACGACGACGGCAGCAAGCGAGUGUUGAAGAAGCACGACGACGAUGGCUCGGUGAGGAUGCCAAAGGGACGCAGAGGGCCUGCGCCUGUCCGCAAGAAGAAACCUGCCAGUGCCAACGAGGGUGAUGUCGCCGAGGCGCACGAGGAGGAGCCGUCGUUUACGUCGACGAGCAACGGCCCACUCCUGACGCUCCUCUUUCGCUCGGCCAGGGCGCAGCACGAGGCGCUGGCCCGUGUCGAGUCGUACUACGAGUCGGCGGUCUCAUCGACCGAGGGUGGCGACAAGAAGCGCUAUCUCACGCUGGAAGAGGCGCGCCAGGCGAAGCUGUGCAGAAACUACGAAGCAUUCAACCUGCCCGUCGACGUCGUGCGGACGUGGCUUGCAGAGAUGCGCACCGUCGAGCGGCAGCAGCAGCAGCAGCAGCAGCAGCAGCAGCACUCGUCAGACAUCGAGGCAGAUGACAGGGAAUGGUGGCGUCACUUCUGCAACCCAGCCGAAUCCGCCUUGCUCUCGCAUUUAGCCUCUUUGGGCUGCCUUCAGGACGAUGGAGAGGAAGAGAAGAAAGAAGCGCCAACGUAUCUCAUCUCUGCCUUGGCCUCGCAAGCGACAGCAUCACUCGCACACGAGUCCCUCCAUGCCCUCUACUUUCUCCACCCGACCUACCGCAACGAGGUGGGCCGGCUGUACGACGAAGAGAUCCCGCGCAAGAUGCAGUCCAUCAUCGAGCAUGACCUCUCGAUGCGCGGCUACGACCGGCGCGUCUGGCUCGACGAGUUCCAGGCGUACGUCUCCAACGACGCGGGCGAGUUCGGCGCCAAGCCAAAGGAGGCCUGUGCAGAAGUUCGCAGCCGUCUGCGGGAGAUUCAGAGGCUCUGUUGGCACGAGGCUGGGCUAGAGCAGCAGCAAUGAAUGGAAGGGGACGCGCCCUAAGUUUUUCAGCUCUUAGAAGACACAAGUUUGCGUGACAGAAAUUGCUGUUUGGUGAAGAGAGAGAGAGAGAAGGAAAAGGGUAAUGAGAAGUGGGGAAUGUAUAGAAGAAAGAGAUGAUAGUGAUAGU